AUGAAUAAAGAAUUAUUAUUGACAAGUGCAAAUAACUUUUAUCAUAUAUAUUGUAAUAAUAAUCUUCAUAUUAAAAUAAAUUCUAUUAAAUAUUUAUAUAAUAAAUACAAUUGUACAUUUAUUCUUAAUAAUAAAAUGAAUAUAUGUUCAAAUCAAUCUUUAUGUAUUUUUAAUUUAAAAUCUUUUUCAUUUAUUCAUAAUCAAUAUUAUAUUAAAAAAUGUCGUUUAAUUAAAAUAAAAUAUAUUCAAUUAAAUUAUUCAUGUGUUAAUGAUAAAUUUUUAUUAGUUAAUAUGUUAGUUAAAUCAAAUAAAACUUAUUCAUUUUUAAUUUAUAGAAAAAAUACAAUUAUUAUAUUUAUAUGUAUAAUAAUAUUUGUUAGUUUACUUGCUUUUAUCUGUUCAUCUAUAAAAUAUUCUUCAAUAAAUAAAAUUCAACAAGAAAAAUAUUCAACAAUAAAUAAUAUAAAAAAUAUUGAAUUAAAUACUCAAUCAAUUUAUGAUAAUCAAAGUAAACAAGAAUAUGAAUUGAAAAUUUUAUCAUUAAUUGAAUCAUCUUCUUCAUCAACAUUAACAUCUCUUAAUAAUAAAAAUAGUAUUACAAAUUCAAGUGAAUAUGAUAAUUUAACCAAAGACAAAUAUCAAUCAUUUAAAUCACAAUUACCAUUUAAAGUUAAAUUUAAUGAAAACUAUCAAUUAAAAUAA